UUACCAUCAAGUGAUAUGCCACAAAACGAAUACAUUGAAGAGCAUCAAAGGAGAUAUGGUAAGAGACUCGAUCAUGACGAGAAGCUCCGUAAGAAGGAGGCUAGAUCUGUACACCAAAACAGCAAACUUGCAAGACAGACCCACGGUUUGAAAGCUAAGUUAAUGCAUAAGCAAAAGCAUGCUGAGAAGGUACAAAUGAAGAAGACGAUGAAGAACCACAGCGAACGUAACGUCAAAAAGGAUGAAGAGAAACCAGACGAUAGCGCAGCCCUUCCAACUUAUCUUAUGGAUAGAAAUGAACAACGUGACGCUAAGAGUAUUUCUUCAGCUAUCAAGCAAAAGCGUAAAGAUAAAGCUGCUCGUUUCAGCGUACCACUCCCUAAAGUACGCGGUAUCGCAGAAGAAGAAGUAUUUAAAGUUAUCAAAACUGGUUCGAAAAAGCAGAAAUCUUGGAAGAGAAUGAUCACGAAACCUACAUUCGUUGGUGAGAACUUCACCCGUAAGCCACCAAAACUUGAAAGAUUCAUCAGACCAUCUGGUUUGCGUAUGAAGAAAGCAAAUGUCACACAUCCAGAGUUGAAGACAACCUUCCAAUUACCUAUAAUCGGCGUUAAGAAGAACCCUCAAUCUCCACUUUACUCACAACUUGGUGUUCUCACCAAAGGUACUGUCUUGGAAGUAAACGUCAGUGAAUUGGGUAUGGUCACCACAGGCGGUAAAGUCGUUUGGGGAAAGUACGCUCAAAUUACCAACAAUCCAGAGAAUGAUGGUUGUGUCAACGCCGUCCUCCUAGUUUAAGUUAUAGCUCUCUUUUGUAUAUUUAUAUAUAUUUCUUACUCUUUUGGAUAGAUAGAUAAUUUAAAUUGAAUAAUAUACAAUUGUCAUCAGAUCUCUUGUAUGAAUCUUUUUUAUUUAUUUAGUUUAUUAAAAUGCCUAUAUUACCUAUUAUUGAAGUCUAAUUCAACUUCUUGAAAAUCUUCAUUGUUAUUGAACGUUGCUUUGUUCAUUUGUUCAGGUGAGUGUACCAAUCUAACUGUCGAUGACAUUGGAUUAACUGUAUCAUCUGAUGAUAUAUUACUAUGCUCUAAACCUAAUGAGUCGCUAGUAGCAUUUGAUGUUGAAGUUAAUGAGAGUGUUGGCGUCGAUGAUCUACCAAAAUUCCUUAAUUCCGUUAUAUCUCCUGUUGUAUUGCUGUCGAAAUCAUCAUUGAGAUUCUGUUUUGAUCCGGUAUGGUGGUUGUGCGUUGGUAGUAUCCAUGACUUUCUAUUUGAAUCGUCACGCUUAGCCUCCUCAACUACCAUCUUUAUUUGAUCUGAUGUUGGUAAAUCAAUUGGCACAGCUGGUGGUAAUGUCAUCGCUGAUCUGCGACGGUGACUCUUGCCAUUUUCAGAGUGACUGACUUUCAUUCUUUGAGUUUUAUCAGAGAUGAUUUCAACUUGUUUAGAAGUUGAUGGUAUUGGUUCUGUCAUUGCUCUUCCUUUUCCGGAUGACUGUGGUAUUGAUAUGGGUGAAACUACACCAUCUGGUGUUUCCACAUUCACAGCUGGUGGAUCUUCCAAACCUAAACCAAUCUCUGACCAGUAUUUAAUACUUUUAUCAAAGAAUGCUUCUAUAGUUUCCCAUCCUUUAUAAUCGCCACCAAUUUUCAAGCCAACUCUGCUGGCUGAACCAAGGUAAUCUUCGAUACUAUCGUAUGAACUGCUUAAAUAAUCAUCAUCAUUUUUGAAAUUGACUUGAUCACUUUCCAAUAGAUCAGCGAAAUGAGACAUGAAUUUACCCCAACCGCCAGAACCAUCUGAAUGACAAACGACGACUUUUGUAUCAAUAUCUCUACCAAAUAAGAUAACUUGACCUGCAACAGCGCCUGCCUGUUCGCUAGGUGGAUCGAGGUCUACUCCGAUAUAAUUACCCAUUUUAUCAGUUGCAAGUGGUAACCAAGCAGGAUUUGAGUAUGCACGAUUAAUCCAGCCUGGUGGAACAGAUUUCAUACGUGAUAAUAAAAUCUGAUUAUUAUGUACCUGAUAAUGAUCAUCAACUCCUCUCCAAAAUUCGUAUUGUUCGAGAACGUCGUCGAUUGGGAGUAAACGUAAACCGAAAAGUAAACCAUCUUGGUCGUUCUCAACGUCUUGACCAUCAUGUACUAAAAAGUAAUCCCUUACAGCAGGUGGAAGUUGAAAGCCGAUCUGUAAUUCAAGGGCAUCUAGAGUUAAGAUGGAUGCCGGGAUGUUUAAACUAUCGUAAAGUUCAGGACAUCGCCUCUUUGACCAUUUUCUUAUACGUCCGCAUGUAUGUUGCAGUGGAGGGUAAGGACUUGGUGGAGGAAAUGGGUGUAAUGCAGGUGAAGUUGGUGUUACACUGUUAAACGUUGUUGUGCUGGACAUUGGAGGGGUACCAGAUGAAGAUCUAUUUAGAUGCGGGUGUAAUGGUACCACUGAUGGCGUUAAUGGGUUGCUACUAUUCGAUUGAUUCCGUGUCGGUAUAGAUGAGAUUGUUGUUUGUGGGUUGAAGAAUGUAGAGAUGGCUUGAAAGAAAGACAUCUUCUAAUAAAUAUUAGUAAACCUGCUACUUUAAUAUACGACGUAUAUCUCACCUUUAACGCUAAAUUCAGAAAAUCGUCUCUUAUAUGGUGUAAGUGCAAGAGGCAUGCACGCCGGAUAAGUUAGUUAUUUAAAAAAUUAUCAUAUUUCGCACUUAAACGCGUUCAUAAGUGUAUAUAUAGUUUUAAAUCGCAGUUAAAACCAAAGAUUUUCUAAUGCUGU